AUGGUCUUUGAAGCCGUCGAGCCGGGUAGAGGUUCAUGCCGGAUCUUGGACCAGCAAGGCUUGAGCACUGUCACAUAUGCGCCAAAGGAUGCCUUUGUCUGCCAUCAAGCUGUUUAUGUACAUUUCGCAGACAACUUGCUGAAGGAGGGCCUAUCGAAAUACCCCGGGUCCAGAGAGGCUUUGCGGACAUUCCUGAUGGAUCAGCACUUGAUCAUUCUGAAUGAUGGAACCGUUCGCCAACUUUCCGACCGAUUCGAUCAAGCUAUCUCGAACUGCCGCCUGACCACCGCCAAGCGAACUCGCACACAGCAAGGAUCUCCACUUUCGGGUACAAGUGGCACUUAUCAUACAAGAAGCGCGGUAGUCGCCCGACUAGCAGUCUGUCUCCGGGAGAUUGGGUAUUUGAUUGACCAGGUGCGAGUAUGGGACGGUGAUGGGUCGCAGACUUCGGGCCACAGAACGCUCGUAUUGGUCACCGGAGGUUCCUCCCCGACGGAUAACCUGGCGUUUGAAACGUCUCAAAGCACCGUAGUCGACCUCGUCACUCACUAUCGCCACCCUACUGUCGGUGCGAUGCUCUACAACUCUCUGACCUCUGGCUCUGAGCAUCCGGCGGAACUGUUCCAACAAGACUUCGAGAAGAUCCAGGGCCAUAUCGCGAACCACUUGUCGUUCUCCUGGGCAUACAUGGAUGGAGAAGGCAAGGAAAUCCAGGCGUACGCCUCAUGGCAGCCAUCGGAUACGAAGGGCAAACGAAACCCUAUGGCAGUUCGACUUGCAACAGUGUUUUUCGGCGACACCGGACACGAACUUGCUGAGUACUACGAGAGUAUUGCGAGCGAAAAAUAUCUCAAAGAGGUUCUUGAAUUCACUAAAUCUCGAGGUGAGGUGAAUGAAUUUCCGAAAGACUUCCAGCGGUUCCAAAUAGUGUCAGCAGCCAUCUGCUUGGGAGUCCUCGGGAAAAUAGGCGGUGAUAAAUUUUGGGAUGUGCAACAUUCGGCGAUGCUCGAUCUCUCCUCCAUGGACCAUUUAAAGACCCUCUGCAAGACCGUUUCUGACAUCCUCGCUGGCGGUUGCAAAGUUUCCCGCGUCGUCGCCGUCCUAGCCGCCAUUCAUUGUGCCAUGCAGAUACCCUAUGCAAAGACCAAGGUGGGGAUCGGUGCUGAUGAGGAAUUUGAAAACUCUGUCGUUACAGGCUGGGGAAAAGGGCGCAAUGCCGUGCUGCCCAGUCUGCUGUUCUCACUGUAA